UAAAUUGCAGGAAACUAUAUUGCCAAUUUUUGGAAGCUGUGGAGAGGUCCAUGGGGCUGGAGAAAAUCAUUAUAAGAAGAUGGAAUUCCCCCAGGCUUACUAUCUAUUACCUCCUUGAAAGUGCUGUCAUUUAAAAAUGGCAGAGCUUUAUUGUUGCUCAACAACCUUAUGAUUGCACAUCUCAUUUUUCCUGGAGGAGAACUGGGGGAAGAGAUAGAAGGCUGCUUCAGACUUGAUUUGCCACCACAAACCUUGGAAAGGAUAGUGGAUGUUACUUUCUGCAGAGGUGUCCUCUUCUUGUUGGAUGAGACCGGAUGGAUAUAUAUAUUUGAUACUACAGAUGGCGUAUAUUUGGCCCAUGUCAGUGUCUGUCUCUAUCAGUCAUGGGGGCAAGAAGAGAAAAACCAGGAUAUGCCACUUCCUCUUGUGCUGCUAAAUAUAUCACAUGAUCUCAGUGUGGCUGUGGUUGUCAGCUGCUCCAAUUGUGUUGCUGCUGUUGACCUCAACUUGUACUUCAGAGAAUAUCCUGACCAUUUAUUUUGCAAGCGAAGCUUUGAGAAUCUUCCUAUGCAGCAGUUGGAGGCAACAGAUGAAGAUGACCUCAGAAGUUCAAAUUACAGCAUGAAGUUCUUACAGCCUUCAUUCGAGGCCGACAGAUCCUGGAUGACACGCUUACUAUCUUUGUAUGAUACACACCCCCACAAUUAUUUUCCACAUUUGUUUACUGAUGUUGAGUUGCCUUGGUAUCAGUAUCUUAUGCACUUAGAACCUCUUAACUCUAAGACUUUGGAAACUUCUGGAGCCUCCCUCUUUCAAGAUGUUGCAUUUGUUCUUUCAAGCUCCAGAGGGAAAGAUAAUAAAAGCACUAGAGACAGACAAUGGAAGAAUAUGUAUUUAGGUGACCUAGAAGAGUGUGUGAAACUUGACUGUAAACAUGUGACAGGUUUUAAUGCACUGUUCACUGUCUCAAGUGAAAGUGAAGGAUUGACUCUUGUUUUCUGGGAUUUCGUGACUCAGGACAUCAUACAAUGUUAUGUGGGCAAAAAUUGUUUUUUUGUGGAAUAUACCAGAGAGGAACCACUAUGGCUUAUCCUUUCAGAGACUGGCCUCUUCUUGUUCCUGUUUGGCUUUACACAAGAGGAAUUCUUGAACAGACUGAUCAUCUAUGGAAACGCUGGCACUGUGGAUUCUCUUUGCCACCUCAAUAGAUGGGGAAGGUGCUCCAUUCCUGUACAUGCCUUAGAGGCUGGUUUAGAGAACCGACAGCUGGACACCGUGGAUUUUUUCCUAAAGAAUAAAGAGAACCUUUUCAGUCUGUCUGCAGCAUGCUCUAUACAAGAUCAGCCUGCAAAUACGUCAGAUUUUUACUUGAAGAAUGUCGAAGAGUUGAGGCCAGCAUUGGAUUUACUGUGUAAGGCAAUUCAAGAAAACGAUGUGGAAACCCAGAGCAAGCAUUUCUCUGAGCAGCUGCUGAACCUCACCUUAUCUUUCCUUAACAAACAACUCCGCGAGAUUUUUAUCCUCAGGGAAGAAUUGGAUGAAAAUAUGGUCCAGUGCGUUGACAUUUUCACCAGCUACAUUACCAAGCUUAGGACAUUUAUGAUAAGGUUCCCUCAUAAGCCAUCUGGUGUCGUCAGUCAGCCCUGGGAUUCUGAAGAUAACCUUCCCACAAUGGAGCAAAGCCAGAUGUGGGAAAAAUUUGAUACAGAGCAAGCUGUUACUGAAGCCCUUUUAAGCAACAGACUGCCGGAGGCACAAACCUUUUUCCGCCUGACUUGCAACCCUGCCCAGAAUCUUGGGCAGCUGACCCAAAUAGGCCUGGAGGCGGCUUAUAAAAGCCUCUUGAAGGGUGACACAAAUGAAGCUUCUGAACUUCUAAGAAACAUGGGCCUCAGCGUGAAGCAGCAACUACACAAAAUAUGUUUCUAUACAACAGAUUAUCAUGUCCGGGACUUCUUGGUGAAUAUGCUGCAAGAAGAAGAGAUCCUUUCCGAAGCCGAGAAGGAAACGAUAGGCUUUGUGCAUCGGGUAGAACAUGCUUAUUCAGGCACCUUACAGAGGGAGGAAAGGAGGGCAGCCUGUUGCAGAUCUUGGAGAAAAGAACCAGACUGUGUCGAUGCUGCUGUGUUGGAUGCCUUUUUGAAUUGCGGUCAAGAUAGAAUUCAUAACAGGGAGCACAGAGUAAUAUUAAACUGGGGUCAGUGGUGGAAUCCAUCUGCACGAGAAAGGAUUCUUCUCCCUGUGAGAUCUCAGGAAGGUGAAUUUACGUUCUGUAAUCCUGAGGUCCUCUGGCUGUAUUUAUCGUCUUGGCAUGAUUGGGUAAAUAUUAGUUCGUGGAUUGCCGAAUCUCAGCCACAAGACAACGUCACAAACUGGCCGCCUCUCCCUUUAGAAGCCAUUGGACAAAGUGCGUUAUGCAGCCGUUACUUGCGAAACGAAGUGUUGGACAUCCUAGCCAGAAAGGGGACUUUCGUGCCAGCAGAGCUAGAAGACUUUGAAGGCCUUCUGCAAAGACUGGCUUGUGCUGGAGGAGUGAUGCAGGACCCACACCCUGUCCUGGACUACGUGUCUGCUGGCGGCUUUGAUUUUCACGCGUGCUUUAUCCUUUAUUGCUUAGAACGGGGGCUGGAUCCUCUUCUCUACACCUACUUAGAUUACUAUCGUUUGUUUUCUUCAGACUGUCCCAUUCUGAGUGACAAAGAGCUGCAUGAAGCACACCCUUGGUUUGAAUUUUUAGUGCAGUGUCGAGACAUUGCCAACAACCCUAGAGAGGCGAAAAUGAUUUUUCAGGCUAGCCUAGCAAAUGCCCAGAUCUUGAUUCCCAGCAACCAGGCCAGUGUGAGCACCAUGCUGCUGGAGGGACGAACUCUUCUUGCCCUUGCUACCACAAUGUUCGCCGGGGGAGGUAUUGACCAGAUUGUUCAGAAAGGAGAUGGAAGAGAGAAGGUGGAUGCCCAGCUCUUCAGGAUGGCCCUUGCUCCUUACCCCAAGCUUAGAGCUGCCCUCUUCCCUCAGAUCACUCCUCAUGGAAUCGUACCUUCCGAUCUUUCUCUCUACCACCUUAUUCAGUCCUUAGUUCCAUUUGAUUCCACUAAGUUGUUUGGCUGGCAGUCAGCAAAUACACUUGCCAUUCCUGAUAUUUGCAACGACCUGCCUCACUUCUCAUGCUUGACUCUUGUAAACAAGCAUGCUAUCAUAGAACAUCUUGAUUUAUCCUACUACUUAUAUCAUGAGCGCCCCUCAUUUGCUUUUGGGGCAUUUUUAGCUCAGCAGUUAUCAAAGAGCAACAUCCCAAAGGAGCUGGUUCAGCAAGUGGGUAACGAAGCCUAUUCCAUGGCCCUCUCAGUUUUCUAUGCACCUUCUCUCGCUGCAACCUCUGUCUGCUUUUUGGAAAUGCUGGGCCUGGAUAGCCUCAAACUCAGAGUGGAUGUUAAAGCUGCCAAUGUGAUUUUGAGCUUCAUGUCUAGAAAAGAGGAGCCACAGCACAACUCCAUCAGACAGUCCUUGGUUGAAAAGCUAGCAGAACUGGCUGAUGGAGAAAAAACCGCAGCAGAAGACCUUCUUGUCUGUUUAGAGGAAGCAGUUUGGGAUAAGGUUGAACAUCAAGAGACAAAGAAGACAUCCAGUGAGGCGAGGAAGCACUGGUCUCUGGUCGUCCAGUUUUGCCAGCUCCACAAUAUCAAGCUGAGCACAUCGUACCUGAAAGCAUGUGCGCGAUCGAACGAAUGGCUGCAGUUUGUUACUGAAGCGCAAAUGCACGGCUACCAGCCAGCUGAGGUGAUCCCUCUUCUUCGGGACUUCCCCCUGCCCCUGCGGGACCACUUGAAGUUGGCCCUGGACAAUUUGGAGCCUUUGGAGUUUCUGCCGGAAGGGCAGGGUGGCUUGCAGUGGCCUGAGCAGCAGCCCCAUGACCUCUUCCGCCUCCUGCUCCAGAGCCGGGAGCAGCCGUGUCCUUGGCGGGGCCUUCUGUCCGCCUCGGUGAAGCACCACGCGCCCGUCCUGAGUGUGCUCGCUGCUUGCUUCCAGGAUGCCGGUAUUCUCCAUUGUCUCUGUGUUUGGAUAAUAACUUCCGUGGACAGUUCCACCACCACCGAGGUGAUCAGCCACAUUGAAGGCAUAGUUGAAACCCACGAGUGGGGCCUUCCUGACUUGGCCAUUCUCUGGCAGCAGCUGUUGAAGAGGCAAAAGGUCAGGACCCUUCUUCGUGGAUUUCAGCUCUUCCUGAAGGAUUCUCCUUUGCUGAUAAUGCUGGAAGUGUAUGAACUGUGCAUGGACUACAAAAAUUACAGCAAAGCCAAGACCAAACUACUCACAUUUCAAGCCAGUCUUUCAAAACUUCAGGUUCAGUAUGAAAGGCUGCUGCCCGUCCUCCCGGUGCCCUGGCUGGAGUUGCAGGCCUCCUUCCUCCUCAAGCUGAUGCUGCAGCAGUGCAGAACAGAGUACGAAUUCAGGAAACUCCUCCAGCUGCUUGCAGAUGCAGGAACUGCUCUUCUACAUGGGCCAGAUAUGAAGAAGCUGAGCGCCCUCAGUGCCAUCCUGAAAGAUUCAUCCCUCUCAGUCAGUCGGGCUCUUCUAAGCAAUUACAGCUUUGAGAAGUUUCAGAACGAGUGCCAAAGGAUUCUGGAGCAGCUGCAGGAGAGCAGCUCUUUUUCCAUGGCUCGUGAUGUAGCAGAACUGGCAGCGCUGCCUGUAGACAACGUUGUUAUUCAGGAGGCACUUCAAAACAUCAACCUCCUGAAACAGAUUGGCCAUUGGACUCAAAAACGGACAAGGAUUGAGUUCUGGAAAAAGUGCCAUGAGAACUACGUGCAAAAUGCCAUCUCUAAUCAAGCUGCCUCCAGCUUCUUCUCAACUCAGGCAGAUUUCGUGUCUGAGGGCCUGGAGGACGAGAAGGCAUCUGGCAUCUUAGAGAGGCAACUCCUGCUUGCUUUAGCUGGACACUGGCUGGUCAAAAAUGACCCAAUUCCUCUUGAUGAUCUGGAAAAGAUAGAGAAGGAAAUUUGGCUGUGCCACAUCACACGACAAACGUUAAACCAAGGCACAGGGCAGAUCGAGUCCAGAGUUUCUCACCAGAUUUCCAUAAGUAGCGAGCUGUCCUUUGACUCCUUAGCCAAGGAAUUCUCCUUUUCUAAGGUUGCUGCUUUGAACAUUCCUAAGUAUCUGGAGCUUGGAGGUUUCCCUUCCCAGGAUAUAUCCCAAAUGAUGCUUUCUGAAGCUGAAGUGGCAUCACUGAGUUUUCUGGUUGGACGUCUUCUAGACGAAGGAAGUGUACAUGAAGCUGCCCGGGUUUGCCGAUAUUUUAACUUCUACAGCAGAGAUGUCUCACUGAUCUUGCAUUGCAGAACACUGGCCUUAGGAGAGGUCUCUCAAAACUGCUUCCAUCCAGAGAUCCAGGCUCUCCUGGCAGCUGAAAGAAUAGAGGAAAGCAAGAGGAACAGAGAAGCAGAGCCUGAAAGAAACCGGUUGAAGAGCUCCUCAAGCCUUGAUUCCUGGUCCUCCUUUGGGGUCUCCUCUCCAGAUAGUCAGGUUGUCAGCAGCCUGCAGGCUUUAGUUGCAGAAUGUGUGCAUGGCCGGAAUUAUUGUCGACAGACCCUCUACCUUUAUGAACUCUCCAAAGAGCUUGGCUGUUCCUUCAAUGAGAUCGCUGUCCACGAUUCUGAGAAGCUGCUUCGGGUGAUCCUGUCCUCACAGCAGCCAGGCUGGUACAAGAAGGCCCAGGCCUUCAUCACCAAUCAGGGGCUGGAGCCAGAGGCGGUGGCUGAGCUUGUGGCAGAAGAAAUCAUGCAAGAGUUGCUGGUACCUUCUCAGGAAAGAAGCCAGCAAAACCCAGUUCUGAAUCCAGCAGAGGAGAGCCAGAGGUUCCUGCAACUGGCCAAGCUUUGCCAGGACCACACACUUGUUGGCAUGAAGCUGCUGGACAAAGUUUCCUCUGUGCCACAUGGGGAGCUUGCCUGCACUACGGAACUGCUGAUUCUGGCCCAUAACUGUUUCAGCUUGACUUGUCACAUGGAAGGGAUUACUCGUGUCCUGCAAGCUGCCCGGCUGCUCACAGAUGAACAUUUGGCACCAAAUGAAGAGUAUGGUCUUGUGGUUCGACUUCUCACUGGCAUCGGCAGAUACAAUGAGAUGACGUACAUCUUUGACCUGCUGCAUGAAAAACAUUACUUUGAGGUGCUCAUGAGAAAGAAAUUGGACCCAAGUGGGACUCUCAAGACGGCCCUGCUAGACUACAUCAAGCGUUGCCGCCCAGGAGACAGUGAGAAGCAUAACAUGAUUGCACUCUGCUUCAGCAUGUGCCGGGAGAUCGGGGAGAACCAUGAGGCUGCAGCCAAGAUCCAGCUGAAGCUCAUUGAAUCUCAGCCGUGGGAGGAGAGCCUCCGGAAUGUGCCAGGCUUGAAGAAGCUCCUGAUCAAAGCCCUCACCCUCUUCCUAGAUGCUGCAGAGAGCUAUUCCAAGGACUUCUGUGUGUGCCAGUCUUUGCGCUGCAAGAGGUUGAUCAGACUCAUUACUCUGCAGCUCCACUUCCUGACUACUCACCACAGCACCAAGCUGAUUAACCUGAGCAGGAAGAGCUUGCUGCCGUGUAUCCUGGCGCUGCCCAGGUUCUACCAGGUGAGGAGGGCCUUCACCCUUUAGAAGAGAUGGUUUGGUUUGUCUUUAAAAGUAUUAGAAGAAAAAUACCAAAUUAGAAACCUGAUCUUUUUCUUAUCAUAUGCCCAAGCAUGUACAAGUAGUCCUUGCUUACUGACCACUCGUUUAGCAACCAUUCAAAGUUGCAAUGGUGCU